ACAUGGACUUGGAAGCAUCAUUCUCUCUCCAUUCCCUUACGCAUCAGCUGCUUUCAGCAGCUCACAUGGUGCCCCAAUGAACCCUCGCCCUCACGCAUCGUCCAACAUACAAUGGAUUAACAGGAAAGACAUGAAUGUCCGCACAGAGGACGGCAUCAGCCUGUGCCAAAGGGCUCUCCAAAUAGUGACGGAGCUGUGCCUCGCCGGGCACGUCGACCGGGAGAAAUGCGCGGAUAUAUUUCCACUGGAGAGCAACAUACCAGGUAAAGGAAGUUCAGACAUCUCUGUAAGUCUCCUAGCUGUGGUCGUAGGUUUCUGUGGGCUCGCCCUUUUGGUAGUCUCUCUCUUUGUCUUUUGGAAGCUGUGCUGGCCCAUUUGGAGAAGCAAGGCGCUCUCAUCCAAUGCUGACAGCUGCCCGCCGGGGGUGCUGCCCGGCCCCCCAGCCCCACCUCCGGUGUCUCGUUCUGUUUCUCCUUAUCCUGAGGCCAAGGCAAUUGGAACUGCAGGAAGACAGCCAUCGCAAAUCCAGCACGAGGAUGAGGAUGAUAAGAAGCGGAAGGUACCAGAAGUGAAGGUCAACGGCCGCAGCUCGGUUAAGCUCCUGGAGGCAGCCAUGAAGAUCAGCCAGACAUCACCAGACAUCCCUGCUGAGGUGCAGCAGGCUCUGCGUGACCGUCUGAGCAAGCAGGCCAAAAUCCAGCGGCAGACCACUGAACCUACCUCGUCCUCCAGGCACAAUUCUUUCCGUCGACACCUGCCACGGCAGAUGAAUGUGACCAGUGUGGACUUCACCAUGGACACUCUACCUGUGCGCCAGUCUUCUGCAGUCAGCAUCGGUCGAAUCAAACCUGAGCUGUACAAGCAGAAAUCUGUGGACUCUGAAGAGGGCACCAAGGAGCCGGUGGAGACGUGCGGCAAGCUGAGCUUUGCCCUCAGCUACGACUACGAGGAACAAGCUCUAGUGGUUCGCAUUCUAAAGGCCUUGGACCUGCCCGCCAAAGACUUCACAGGCACCUCCGACCCCUACGUGAAGAUCUACCUGCUUCCAGAGCGCAAAAAGAAGUUUCAGACGCGAGUCCACCGCAAGACGCUCAACCCCACAUUUGACGAGACGUUCCGCUUUCCUGUGGAGUACAGUGAGCUGUGCAAUCGCAAGUUGCAUUUCAGCGUGUACGACUUUGACCGCUUUACGAGUCAUGACAUGAUCGGAGAGGUGGUGGUUGAUAACCUGUUUGAGCUGUCUGACCUAUCACGUGAAGCUGUGGUUUGGAAGGACAUCCUUGCAGCCACUACAGAGAGUGUUGAUCUGGGUGAAAUUAUGUAUUCCCUUUGCUAUCUUCCCACGGCUGGACGCAUGACCCUCACCGUCAUCAAAUGUCGCAAUCUGAAAGCCAUGGACAUAACCGGCUACUCUGAUCCCUAUGUUAAAGUCUCCCUCAUAUGUGACGGUCGGAGACUGAAGAAGCGGAAGACGACCACCAAAAAGAACACGCUCAACCCUGUCUAUAACGAGGCCAUCAUUUUUGACAUCCCACCUGAGAAUGUGGAGCAGGUCAGCCUGUCAAUCACGGUGAUGGAUUAUGACAGAGUUGGACACAAUGAAGUGAUAGGGGUAUGCAGGGCAGGGCCGGAUGCGGAGGGGCUUGGGAGGGACCACUGGAACGAGAUGCUAGCUUAUCCACGCAAACCCAUCACCCACUGGCAUGCACUUUGUGAGUGGCCUGGAAGAGCAUCCAGUUUUGAGAGUCAAGGAUCAUGUCCAUCUCCAAAACCCCCACAGACCCCUUAACAUCCAGGAGUCCACACUCAAAUCUAACUGCAAAACUCUUUGGUUUGUAUAAUGAAUAGGUUAUAUUUUUCUCUAGUUGUAGCUUGUAACGUUGCAUUUUUAUUUGAAAAAGGACUAAACAAUACUGGUAUCCUUGCUACAGACACAAUCAAGUUUCCAAAUCUCACAGACUUUUUUUUUUAAUGGUGCUGAGUUUAUGAGCUCCUAAAACAAUAGUUUUCAGGUCACUUUGAAGCUGACAGUGAAAUAAUGUGAAGCCUCUUGCUGUUUGACAGUAUAAUGAUGCCAUGUCAUUUUACAGACAUAUGAAAUGGCAAUGCUUAUCAUUUUUAUUCUAUUCACAUUCCCAUGUUUGGUGAAAACACUUAACAGAUAUGAUGGAAGGUUAGGGGAGUGACAAAAAAAAGGUGUUCGAAUAUGAAAUCAAGACCAUGCAAAACAUUAUAUAAACCAAAUGGUGAACAACAGAGAUGUCAACAUUGUAACAAUCUAAUAUGUCUUUCUUUAUAUAAAGAAUACUUUAGAAUUCCUAUAAAACAACAUUUCUUUACAUCAACUAAGACGCUGAGAUGUCAAAAGUCUACAACUUUGUGUUUUAUCCAUUUGAGACAGGAUGGAUCUUCUUUCUAGAGUCUGUUAUCAUAGCAUUAAAACAUUGUUAAAGCAUGCUUACUAUACAUAGACAAUGAAUCUACUAACUGAAAUCAUUUGCUUGUUAAUUAAUGCUUCUAAAGACUCUUUAUUUUAUAUAAAUGUUACAGUAUUUAAAUUUAAUUACAAAUUAAUUAAAUAGUUAAUAAUAUGCCAAUCAUACUUGAAAGUCUCAAAGUUGGUAAGUAAAUGGAAAAUAUUAUAAUAAUUCAGCUUUAAAAAUAAUAUUUGUAUACAGGAUAACAGGAUAAGAAGUUCAUGAAGGUAUUGAUGCAUUAAAAAAAUCUGGGAUAUAUAAAAAGCACAGAAAUAUAGCAGUAGGUCACCUGAAGUUAACUUAAGAGCUGUCAUAAUAUACCAAAAUUUCUCCAUAAUUAGGAUUUUUUUUUAAACAGCUAGCAUAUACUUUAACAGUAGCCAAAUGAUGUAGCGUGUCUUAUUGUAGUUGUUUAGAGGAAUGAUUCAAAACAGAACAAACUUUGUAAAACUGCUGAUUAUUCCUAAUAUUAUCAACAUGCAGAGUAAAAUUCACAUCAAUGAUUUUUUAAUCUCUUUAAAUAUAUGACACACUUACCUAAUAUUAAAUUCUCAAAUCUAAAAACAAUCAUCCCACUCUUGUUCGCCUGUCAUAGAGUUAUUGAUGUUUUAAUAAAUUGUCGGUGCCUACAGGCAAUUAUAUUUUAUUUACAAUUUCUAAAACUCCACUUACCAGUAAAAAACCUCACUGUGUUUGAAAAACUAGACAAGUAAAUGAACUUUUAAUGGUGUCUGGCACUCGCAGAGCGAUCCCGCUGUUGGAAAGCUGCGUGUAAUUCUGUUAAGAUGCUAUAAAUAAUUCCAUUUGGUGAAUAUUAGCAAAAUAUACUAUAUGCAGAUCCAUCUUCAGAUGACAGUCAAAAUGAUGACAGUCAUUAAUGACUGAAAAAUAAAUAAUUAAAGAUGAUGAGGUUUCUUCAGAGGGGGUCAAGGAUGAAUUGGUUCAGGGUAAAACCGUUAUUUUCAAAGAAUCAAUAGCAUCUAAAGCAAUUAAUGUGAUUUUUUUCUGCAAAAGGAGACUUUAAGUACAAUUCAUGAAACAUUCAUUCUAAUUUAAAAUGGAUGGACAAUAGAGAAACCUUCAUUUUCAGUGAAAUUUGUAUGUUGAUUAGUACCAGUGUGGUUUUUGUUCCGUCAGAGAAUUAGUAUUCAUUGUGUGAAAUCAUCCAGCAUCUAUUCCGUCGGUAUGCAAAUAA